UCACCAGCUUGGCCCUAUUCAGCCCUCGUCUCCUGCACCUUGAAGCGAUGAACUGAAGCUCCAGACAUCAUUUUGACCUACUGGCAUUCCCUGCAAUGGUUCAAAGCCACAAUCCUGGUCCCUCCUCAGAGGCAAAGGGGGAAGAGAGAUCACGGGCAUCGAAAGGGAAUGUGCCUUCAAAAACAUUUCUUGUGAACUCCUGCACAGUCCAGAGGUGCCUCUUGUUCCUGGGAUCCUUUGGCUUGCUGAUUGGAACAACCAUUGGGGUUUGGUUUCUGGUGAAACAACUGCAGAAGCCCCUUCCCCUUCAGGGGUCGUCCCCCCUCCAGGACCCAGAGGCUGCUCUAACAAGGUGCAGGGAAACGAUGGAAGAAGGGGAGAAGGACCAAGACACCCUCGCUGGAGACGCCGGGAGCAAAAAAGUAUUUUUCAGAAUAAACAGAAACAACUUCUUAUUGGAAGUGCAGGCUGAGGGUCAGUCCAACUGGUUUCUGGUAUGCCAUGAAAACUGGGAUGUCUCCCUGGGGAUGCAAAUCUGCAGGUGGUUGGGUCACGCCCGGCUCACCCACCACAAAGGGGUAAACCUAACAGAUGUGAAGCUAAACACCACCCAAGAGUUUGCUCAGAUUUUGCCCAACUGGAAACGAAACAUCAAGGAUAAGUGGCAAAUGAGGAGUAGAUGCCCUUCGGGUCGGAUUGUGGCCCUCAAAUGUUCUGAGUGUGGCUCCAAGGCUCCACAGACAAUGGAGAGAAAGGACCCAUCUCCGGGGCACUGGCCAUGGCAGGUCACCCUUUAUCACGAGGCCAACCAUUUCUGUGCAGGCUCUAUGGUGUCGGAGGAGUGGAUUGUCACAGCUGCUCACUGCAUGCACAAGCUUUCCGGCUGGGUGGCCUUUGCUGGGCUUGAAGACCACACCAGUGUCAAAGAGCAGGUGGAAGCGGCAGUGGAGAAGGCGGUUCCCCACCCCAACUACAGCAGCAGGAGCCCCGACUAUGACAUUGCAAUGUUGAAACUGAAGGAGCCUCUGCGUUUCUCAGGUGAGCCGUGCCAGCAGCCGGUGACGUUGGGCCAUUUACCCAUAACAAAGGAUCCAGAUUUGCAAAGGGAGCUUUAUACAGUGGCUAAAGGUGGGAACUGGAACUCUUACGCCAGGGCUCGGCAAGGCUUACGGGGCAUGGGCCAGAUCACUCCCGCGGAGAUCCUCUGUGGGCUGGACCGGUGCAGCGAGAUGCUGGAAAUCGUAUCUGUGCACAUCCAAAGCAAAUUCUGGAGCUGCGGAAGAGAGUCCCCACGCCGCACUGCGCCGGCUCAGCGCAGCAUGCAGGGACUCGCCGAGCAAGCAGCUCGGUUUGGGGGCAGCUCGUGGGCCAGUUAA